GCAGGGAAGCAGAGAAGCGAAAGGUGGAUUGCCCUUGCCCUCUCUCCUUCACUAAGAAAGACACAGAGCAAAGUCACCAAAAGACGAAGCUGGAAACAAUGACGCGCACGGUUGUGUCGGUGGUGAUGCUGUGCAUCUUGGCAGCAACCGUGAUUGCUGAAGAUCCAUACGUCUACUACACAUGGAAUGUCUCCUAUGGCACCAUUUCUCCAUUGGGUGUUCCACAACAAGCUAUCCUCAUCAACAACCAGUUUCCAGGCCCUGAGAUCAAUGGCUCCAGCAACAACAACAUUGUUGUCAAUGUCUUCAACAACAUCGACGAGCCCCUCCUCUUCACCUGGCAUGGUAUCCAGCUGAGGAAGAAUUCAUGGCAGGAUGGUACCCCUGGAACAAUGUGCCCCAUUCAACCAGGCACCAACUUCACCUACAAGUUCCAGGUGAAGGACCAGAUCGGUUCCUACUUCUACUUCCCCACCAUUGGCCUUCAGAGAGUUGCUGGUGGAGUCGGUGGCCUGAGAGUAUUCAGCAGGUUGUUGAUCCCAGUUCCAUACCAGAUCUUGAGGAUGAGUAUUGGUUCAUCAUCGGUGACUGAUACACCAAGAGCCACAAGACUCUCCAAGGCUUCCUUGACGGCGGCCGCUCCAUCGGAAGGCCCGAUGGCAUUGUCAUCAACGGCCAAACCGCCAAGGGCGACGGAUCCGACAAACCCAUGUACACAAUGAAGGCUAGAAAGACCUAUAAGUUGAGAAUCUGCAA